CUUAACCCUAAUCUUUAGUCAAAGAAGCUGAAGACUCGCCGCGGCAUGUUCUGCUCAGCCCCAAGACUGGAUUGAAUUGGAGAAGAUAACAUCACUGUUCACGAAAAAACAAGAUUCGAACCGAAACGCAUCACCACCAGACGAGGUCAAUGUUUAUGUUCCUCCUCCAUGUUUGACAUCCUCCUCCAUCUGUAGGAAGCCUUUCACCUACAGAUUUGACUCUCCACAUGUCCGAUCUGUAAACGCUAGCUGCAGAAUCUCGCUCGUCGCAAACGAAAUCAACGUGCACACAAGCAUAAAUCAUGAAUCGCUGGAGAGAUAUGACCUCUACUCUGUUGCUUGCGCUUGUGUUAUGGUGUGUUGUCGCGCCGGUGACGGGUGAGGACGAUGUGAAGUGCUUGCAGGGCGUGAAGUCGUCGCUCGCGGAUCCAGAUAGACGGCUAAUCUUGUGGAACUUCUCCAACAAUACGAUCGGGUUCAUCUGCAACUUCGUCGGAGUAUCGUGCUGGAACGAUCGGGAGAACCGCGUGAUCAGCCUCGAGCUUCGGGACAUGAAACUUGGAGGUGUUGUUCCGGACUCUCUAAAGUACUGCGGUAGUAGUCUGCAAACUCUGGAUCUGUCUGGUAACGAUCUCAAAGGUUCGAUCCCUACUGAAAUUUGCACUUGGUUGCCUUAUUUAGUAACCCUAGAUUUGUCCAACAACCAUUUCACCGGCCAGAUCCCGGUCGAUCUGGCUAAGUGUUCGUAUCUGAAUAAGCUGAUACUCUCGGACAACAAGUUAUCUGGUAAUAUACCCAACCAACUCUCUAGUUUGGGUCGGCUGCAGAAGUUUUCUGUUGCUAAUAAUGAUCUUUCUGGUACAAUUCCGGCAUUUCUUAAUGAACAUGAUUCGUCGGACUUCACCGGAAAUAGCGGACUCUGUGGUAGGCCGCUAGGGAAGUGUGGGGGACUGAGCAACAAGAACCUUGCUAUUAUUAUUGCUGCCGGUGUUUUUGGUGCUGCUGCAUCGCUGUUGUUAGGGUUUGGGCUCUGGUGGUGGUACCUUAACAAGUCCAAUAGGAGGAGCAAGAAAGGCUAUGCAGUUGGGAGAGGAGAUGAUGCAAGUUGGGUUGAGAGGUUGAGAACUCACAAGCUUGUCCAAGUAACGCUUUUUCAGAAACCUCUUGUGAAGGUGAAGUUAGCAGACUUGAUGGCUGCAACAAACAAUUUUAAUGCUGACAAUAUCAUAAUUUCGACUAGAACAGGGACUACUUACAAGGCUGUUCUUCCUGAUGGGUCUGCUCUUGCAAUCAAGAGGCUUAACACUUGUAAGCUUAGUGAGAAACAAUUUCGGUUGGAGAUGAAUAGACUAGGGCAGCUUCGUCACCCAAAUUUGGCUCCAUUGUUGGGUUUUUGUGUGGUGGAAGAGGAGAAGCUUUUGGUUUAUAAGCACAUGUCAACUGGAACUUUAUAUUCACUGUUGAAUGGAAAUGCAAGCAUAUUGGAUUGGCCAACUAGGUUUAGGAUUGGUUUUGGUGCAGCGAGGGGGCUUGCUUGGCUUCACCAUGGCUGCCAACCUCCUAUCUUGCACCAGAAUAUAAGCUCUAAUGUGAUUCUCCUUGAUGAGGAUUUUGAUGCUAGGAUAAUGGACUUUGGGUUGGCAAGACUCAUGACACCUAGUGAUGUGAAUGGGAGUAGUUUUGUCAAUGGCGAUUUGGGUGAACUUGGUUACAUAGCUCGGGAAUAUUCAACCACAAUGAUUCCUUCAUUAAAAGGGGAUGCUUAUAGUUUAGGGGUCGUAUUACUGGAGUUAGCUACUGGUCAGAAACCGCUGGAUGUCAGCAACACAGGGGAAGAGUUUAAAGGUAAUUUGGUGGAUUGGGUGAACCAGCUGUCCAGUUCUGGUCAAAUAAAAGAUGCCAUUGAUAAGAGUCUUUGUGGAAGGGGCCAUGAUGAGGAAAUUAUGGAAUUUCUGAGAAUUGCCUGUAAUUGUGUGGUUUCCCGGCCCAAGGACAGGUGGUCAAUGUACCAAGCUUAUGAAUCAUUGAAGAGCAUUGCAGAAGGGCACGGAUUCGUGGAACAAUAUGACGAAUUUCCGUUGCUUAUUGGCAGGCAAGGUAAUGAGAAUCUGGUGUGAAUUUGGUGCUGAGGGGGCGCAAGCACUAAAAUGGCUCACACCCUGCAUCUUGUAGCAAAAUUAACCGUCACAUGGUAAGUUCAUGGUUGCAGUCAAUGUAAAUUGGUGUAGCCUAAAUCAUAGCUUGUUUUCCUAAUUCCUUCCACAUUUGCUGGAUAUAUUUGUGUGAUAUAUAAUGAACCUAAGCUGUAGCUUCUUGCCAUUUAGCAAAUUUGUCAAACAUUUAUCUGGUUUUAUUGUC